AUGCUAGAGGUGAUGGAAGAGAAGCUCGCAGUCAAGGACGGAGCGCUGCCGACGCUCAUGCAUAUGUUAACCGGUGUGCGCAUGGAAGACUUCAAGGAAAAGAGCAAGAAGAGGAUUUCAGGUGAUUUGGCGCAACUUGAGACACUGAAGAAGAGGGCCUGA